GUCGCGGGAGAGGCGGCCAUCGCCAGAGCUCUCUGGGUCUCCCCAGGUCCCCCUGUGCAUCUUCUGCCAUUGUGUCGGCUGGCCCCUUCCCUGGGCAGGGAAGUACACAACUGGAGGAACGGCUUGGGUGUGUUCGUUGGGUCCCGUUGGAGGGAUUGAGGACCGAGAGAUCAAGUGAACAGUAACGGGCCUGACCGGCCUUUGGCCAGCCUUUGCCCGGCCCACCCGGAGCUACCGGCGCCCUUGAACCCGCCCCUCCUGAUCUAUCCCUGGGCGGGCUCUAGGCGCUCCGCACUCCAGAUCCUAAGGCGCGGCGGCGUGAGCUAUGGAUCGCAUUGCUUCCGUGAGCUGCGCGAGGCUACGGUGGGCGCUGCUGGGGACGCGGGUGGCCCGCUUUGGCCUCGGUCCCCUCGGGGCCAGAGCCAAGGCCUCGCUCCCCAACGCCCUCCCGGCGGCCGAGGCAGCCGAGGCUCCCGGAACCGGGCCUGGCGACCGGAGGCUGCGGAGCCUGGAGGAACUUUCAGGACCUGGGCAGCUGCGCUUUUUAUUCCAGCUGUUAGUGCAAGGCUACCUUCUGCGCUUGCACCAGCUCCAGGUGCUGUGCAAGGCCAAGUAUGGUCCAAUGUGGAUAUCUCGUGUAGGACCUCAGACCCAUGUGAACCUGGCCAGUGCCCCACUCCUGGAGCAAGUGAUGCGGCAAGAGGGCAAGUACCCAGUACGGAAUGACAUGGAUCUAUGGAAGGAGCACCGGGACCUUCAGGGCCUGCCGUAUGGGCCCUUUACCACGCAAGGGCAUCACUGGUACCAGCUGCGCCAGGUUCUGAACCAGCGGAUUCUGAAGCCAGCUGAGGCUGCUCUCUACACGAAUGCUCUGAAUGAGGUGGUUGACAGCUUCAUGGUUCGCCUGAACGAGAUUAUGGCAGAGAGUGACUCUGGGGAUCAGGUGCCCGACAUGGCUCAACUUUUCUACUACUUUGCCUUGGAAGCUAUUUGCUACAUCCUGUUUGAGAAACGUAUUGGCUGCCUGGAGCGCUCCAUCCCGCAGGACACUGUGGCCUUCGUCAGCUCUGUCGGGCUCAUGUUCCAGAACUCGCUCUAUGCCACCUUCCUCCCUAAGUGGACCCGUCCCCUGUUCCCCUUCUGGAAGCGAUACCUGGAUGGCUGGAACACCAUCUUCUCUUUUGGGAAGAAACUGAUGGAUCAGAAACUCAAGGAGAUAGAGACCCAACUACAGACAGGAGGGCCAAAUGGGGUCCAGAUAUCUGGCUACCUGCACUUCCUGCUGACCAGCGGACAGCUCAGUCCUCGUGAGGCCAUGGGCAGCCUCCCCGAGCUCCUCAUGGCUGGAGUAGACACGACAUCCAACACGCUGACGUGGGCCCUGUACCAUCUUUCAAAGAGCCCAGAAAUCCAGGCGGCCUUGCAUGAGGAGGUGGUGGGUGUGGUGCCAGUUGGGCAGGUGCCCCAGCACAAGGACUUUGCCCACAUGCCUCUACUCAAAGCUGUGCUUAAGGAGACACUGCGUCUCUACCCUGUGGUCCCUAUAAAUUCCCGAGUAAUCAUGGAAAAAGAAAUUGAAGUUGGUGGUUUCCUCUUCCCCAAGAACACCCAGUUUGUGCUCUGCCACUAUGUGGUGUCCCGGGACCCUAGCAUCUUCCCUGAGCCGGAAAGCUUCCAGCCCCAUCGCUGGCUGAAGAAGAGUGAGCCUGAUAGCUUCGGGGUCCAACACCCUUUUGGCUCUGUGCCCUUUGGCUAUGGGGUCCGGGGUUGCCUGGGCCGCAGGAUUGCAGAGUUGGAGAUGCAGCUGCUGCUGGCAAGGCUGAUCCAGCAGUACAAGGUGGCCCUAUCCCCUGAGACAGGGGAGGUGAAGAGUGUGGCCCGCAUUGUCCUGGUUCCUCAUAAGAAUGUGGGCCUGCGUUUCCUGCAGAGACCGUGCUGAGCUGGGCUCCUGCCUUUCUGGGGCUUGCCCUAGAGGCCCCUGCCCUGGCACACUGGCCACUGCUGUGUCUCUGAUGAGGAGGAGAAAAGAGAGGCUGCCAGAUACCAAAGGUUGGAGAAACUCAGUGCACUUCCCAGAGAACUCUGAGCUUUAGUUAUUUUAUCAUUGUGCUCAUCUCCCUCCUGGAUAAAAGGCCAUUCCCUGUCACAUUGCUAUCCUUGGGGAAAUGUAGAAUAAAGGGCCUUUUAUUGA